UCACUAUGGUAACUCGACGCUGAGACUCGACUGAGUCGGCGAAGUGAAGCAAACUCAACGUGAGAGCUAAAAAUACAGACACCCAUGAUGGACAAACACGAAGACUUCGAGGGUUUUUUGAAGAGUGUUGACGAAAUAAGUGAGAUAGUAAAGGAUCUAAAGUCUUCCGAAGCUGGAGUCCAGCAAAAAGCGAUGGAGAAAGCUGAUUGCUACAUUGAGUCGUUGGAUAAACCCUGCAGGACAGAAGUCAACAAGACAAGAAUCAACACAAACCCACCACUCCGGCCUUCCUCGGGUCUGCAGGAUGAAAGUCCAGAGAACUUCAUGAAGAUUAUGGAGAAAGAUGCUGAGGACAGGAGAGUAAGGAGGGUCGCAAAAGAAAAAAAGGCAACUGCACUCAAAGACAAGGGGAAUGAAGCGUAUGCCCAAGAAGACUAUGAAACUGCUGUAAAGUAUUACAGUGAUGGCUUGGCUGAAAUACGGGACAUGCAGCCAUUGUACACCAACCGAGCACAAGCCUAUAUCAAGCUGGGAAAGUACACAGAGGCCAUCAGUGACUGUGAAUGGGCCCUGAAGUGUAAUGAGAGGUGCCUAAAGGCUUAUCUACACAUGGGGAAAGCAUAUCUGGCGCUGAAGAGAUAUAAUGAGUCCAGAAACUGUUUCAAAAAGAUGCUGGAAAUUGAACCUGGGAAGGAGAAGAUGGUGAAAGCAGAAUACCUGACCCAGGUAGAUCUGGAAGAGGAGAGAGAUAGUCAGGAGAUGAAUGCGAUGCAAAGGUUUGACAAAGGAGAUGAGAAAGCCACAACAGUGCUCCACCUGCUGGAGAAGCUGUCAAAGGCCGAACAGAUGCCCUUGUAUUACUGUGGAGGAUUUGAGAUUCUGUCACAAGCUGUCACUGACUGUACAGGCCAGACUCUUUUCAGACUGAACAAUGGCUUUAGUAUCAUCAGCAGCAAUGACAUGGUGAGGAGUUGCCUAUUACAGAAAACAACGGACCCAGACAGCCUGGAGUUGUGUAUGUCCGUUCUGAAAUUAUGGAGGGUUAUUUGUUGUGGAAAUGAUGAAAACCAGAAGAUGUUGAUGACUUGUCCAGUGAGCAGAGAGUCCAUUGUUCACUUGCUAACAUCAGAGCAUGUUGCGGUACGGAAGGAAUGCCUGGCAUUGCUCUGUUUAUACUCACAGAUGCCACAUAGAAGACGUUUGGCCAUUGACAACUUGAAUGUACACAUGUUAGUGAGGAACCUCAUGGCGUGCAUCACAAAACCGAAUCAACAGCAGGAGAACUCAGCAGUCAACAUUCUGGAAAACUUUACAGCAGAAAACAAGUUUUGCAUUCGAUUAAGGGAUGUGUUGACAGACUCUGUCAUUGUGCCAUUCACAUUAUUACUGGGAAAUAUCAGCACGUCCAAUCAGCAUGUCCUUCCCUCACUGAUAUCGGCUGUUGGCUGUCUGGCGCGAGACGAAGUCAUCCGUCACCAUUUUUCUCAGGAUUCAGAAUGCUGGAAGGUCUUUGUGGUUGCCAUUAAGCAGUGCAGUGAACGUCAAUACAGAGAGGUGCUUUACCCUAUCCUUGGUUUGAUAAUCAACAUUUCAGCUAUCACCUCUCCAGUGAUUCAGGAGCAUGCUGUUCCACUCUGUGACUGCUGUCUGGGCCUGCUGAGGGAUCGUGAUGGAGGAGUCAUAACUAGAGUCACAGGCGUGCUGAGCACUGUCCUCCCUCAGUCCUCUGAGGCCGUUCAGCAUGUUAUUCGGGGUGAUUUUGUCCGGACCAUGUGCCGGCUGCUGAAGGGAAGUGGGCAGACUGCCACUAAGUAUGCCAUCAAGACUCUGACAGUGUGCACUGCUGCCAGUCACUUGGCAAGGGAGGAGCUGCUGAAGUCUGAUAAAAAACUGUCUAUUUUACGUCAUUUGCUGGCUUCCAGCUGUGAUGAGAUGGUGUCAGGAAAUGCAGCCCUGUGCUUGGCUCACUGCCUUGAGUUAGAAGGAAUUGCCAGCAACCUGCUGGGCACCGAUAUUGUGCCGCUGCUGCUGCGCCAUGCCGCACAGGACGCUAAAAGGACAGCUGUGCAGCGAAAUGCUGCGAUUGCUCUUGGGAAGCUGUGUCGAUCUGAGCCCAGACAUUUGAACAAACUUCGCGAACUACACGGCCUGGAGAUCCUGCACUCCUGUAUGAAGGUCAUCGCAUGAACCAAUGACACUAACAGGUUUUCACCUUUCACCUUUCACCUUGCUUGUCACCACUCUUCCUGUAUGUUAUUCUGGUAUAAGGCAGGCUCUGACAGGUCAGGACUCGGCAGGCCGUUUGCACCCUCCCAACUAUUUUCUCAUUCAGACUAAUUUAGCCUACUGCUUUUGUUUUUCUCACUGCAAAGCUUUACUACAGCAAAAUGUUUUACCGCGUCAGUCUCAGUUUUGUUUACAUGCACUUCGCCAUGGGAUCACGUAAUGUGAGAUCAAAACCGUGGUAGUAUGUGUGUGCAUGUAUGAGAUUAGAGAGAAAAACAUCUGUGAGGUUUCUCCUUAUAUGUGUGUGAUGCAACAUGUUUUCAGAAUCAGUAAGGGUUUCAAAAUGCUGUAGUCUGAGCACACGGUUCAGACACCUACCCAACUAUUGUGGAAAACUGAAAAUGACUAAAGGAAUUACCACAUCAUUUGUUUAUCUUAUUUUAAAUGUAUUAAUUAAUCCUUUUGUAUUGGAGAAAGCAUAGAUAUUAGCAACAUUCUUGGCUUUUCAUGCCUGUGAAUUUAUAUGGUUAAGAAUCAUUAGUACGUUUGGUUGGAAGUGCAAGUCAGUUUUACCAUCUUUAAGUGACUGUCUGACUGUGUCUAACAACAAGCACCCAGUUUAAAGAGUUCACUUUACUACAGGACAGAAGUAAAAAAGUAACGAUUGGGUUCUGAACGAUGAUCGCGCAGUAUUAACAUGCUAACGGUGCGACACAGAUCAGAGCAUUCCUUUGGUUCAAGGCUUUUUUUUGAGAUAUUAAUUUGACAUGUAUUCAUUCAUCUUGAAGUUCUUUUUCUUUUGUACCAUAACCAAGUGUAAUAAAUGCAAACCACAAGUUCACAAGUUCUAAUAAUCUUUUUUACUCUGCCUUUGUUAUUUUUGGGGUUCUUUACACGUGUUGCUGAUUUUUUGCAGAAAAGGUGAAUUUGAGUCUUAUGUAUAUCUUGUUCCAAACAUCUGUGUUUAGAUUAUCUGCGUUUUCUGGAUGUCAGUACUAGAACAAAUCAUCUAAAAAAUAAACAAAUCUGCG